AUGUCGGAGUCUGAGGUGAGUCUGUAUGUGGGUAAGGGUGUGUGGAUGUCGGAGUCUGAGGUGAGUCUGUAUGUGGGUAAGGGUGUGUGGAUGUCGGAGUCUGAGGUGAGUCUGUUUGUGGGUAAGAGUGUGUGGAUGUCAGGGUCUGAGGUGAGUCUGUUUGUGGGUAAGAGUGUGUGGAUGUCGGGGUCUGAGGUGAGUCUGUAUGUGGGUAAGCGUGUGUGGAUGUUGGGGUCUGAGGUGAGUCUGUUUGUGGGUAAGGGUGUGUGGAUGUCGGAGUCUGAGGUGAGUCUGUUUGUGGGUAAGGGUGUAUGGAUGUUGGGGUCUGAGGGUGUGUGGAUGUCGGGGUCUGAGGUGAGUCUGUAUGUGGGUAAGGGUGUGUGGAUGUCGGGGUCUGAGGUGAGUCUGUAUGUGGGUAAGGGUGUGUGGAUGUCGGGGUCUCAGGGUGUGUGGAUGUCGGGGUCUGAGGUGAGUCUGUAUGUGGGUAAGGGUGUGUGGAUGUUGGGGUCUGAGGUGAGUCUGUAUGUGGGUAAGAGUGUGUGGAUGUCGGAGUCUGAGGUGAGUCUGUAUGUGGGUAAGGGUGUGUGGAUGUUGGGGUCUGAGGUGAGUCUGUAUGUGGGUAAGGGUGUGUGGAUGUCGGGGUCUGAGGUGAGUCUGUUUGUGGGUAAGAGUGUGUGGAUGUUGGGGUCUGAGGUGAGUCUGUUUGUGGGUAAGGGUGUGUGGAUGUCGGAGUCUGAGGUGAGUCUGUUUGUGGGUAAGAGUGUGUGGAUGUCAGGGUCUGAGGUGAGUCUGUUUGUGGGUAAGAGUGUGUGGAUGUCGGGGUCUGAGGUGAGUCUGUAUGUGGGUAAGGGUGUGUGGAUGUUGGGGUCUGAGGUGAGUCUGUAUGUGGGUAAGGGUGUGUGGAUGUCGGGGUCUGAGGUGAGUCUGUAUGUGGGUAAGGGUGUGUGGAUGUUGGGGUCUGAGGUGAGUCUGUAUGUGGGUAAGGGUGUGUGGAUGUCGGGGUCUGAGGUGAGUCUGUAUGUGGGUAAGGGUGUGUGGAUGUUGGGGUCUGAGGUGAGUCUGUAUGUGGGUAAUCUGGUGCCGGACUUCAUGGAACUGCACUUGGGAGCAGUUCUGUUGUGGGUCCUGGUGUUGGACUGCUGUGGUUGGGCUGAGACUGGUAUCCUCUACCGGGUCCAGGAGGAGCAGCCCCCCAGCACGCUGAUUGGCAGCCUGGCAUCAGACCAGGGCCUGCCAGACUCUGGUCACUUGUACAAGCUAGAGGUGGGCUCUCCGUACCUGCGAGUGGAUGGGAAGACAGGGGACAUCUUCACCACAGAGAUCCCCAUAGACAGGGAGACAUUGAGGGACUGCCGCAGUAUUGUCAGGGGCAAGCCCUGCUUCCUGGAGUUUGAAGUGUCCGUCACAGACCUAAUCCACAACCAGAGCCCCAGGCUCAUUGAGGGCCGCAUCGAGGUCCAGGACAUCAACGACAACACGCCGCAGUUUCCCUCCCCCGUGCUCACUAUCUCUGUCCCAGAAAACACCCACUUGGGAGCUCUGUUCUCCAUUCCCCUGGCCACAGACAGGGACUCGGAGAGGAACGGGGUGGCCGACUACGCCCUCACCGCUGGGCCAGACGCGGUGACGCUCUUCGGCCUGCAGGUGGCGGAAGACAGGGGGGAGAAGCUACCCCAGCUCAUCGUCCUGGGCAGUCUGGACCGGGAGCUCAAGGACUCGUACGACCUGACAAUCAAAGCUGUGGACGGAGGUAACCCCCAGCGCUAUAGCAGUGCCUUGCUGAGAGUGGUGGUUGCUGAUGCUAACGACAAUGCUCCGAAGUUUGAGAAGGCUACGUACGAGGCAGAGGUUUCAGAAAACAGCCCUGUGGGACACUCUAUUUUGCAGGUGAAAGCCAAUGACUCUGACAUGGGCCCCAAUGGAGAGAUAGAAUACACACUACACCAGGCAUUAGACCCAGUGCCAAAACUCCUGCGAAUUGAUCGCUCCACUGGCAUCAUCUAUGUCAAAGGGCCCUUGGAUCGGGAAGAAAUCAGCGAUUUGACAUUCUACGUAGUGGCCAGGGACAAAGGUCCCCAACCCAAAAGCUCCAAGACCUUUGUGACAAUCCAGGUGACUGACCAGAACGACAAUUCCCCUGCUGUGGAGAUCCGUGGGAUCGGCCUGGUGACCCACAGUGACGGGGUGGCCAACAUAUCAGAGGACAUGCCAGUGGGCACGGCGGUGGCCCUUGUCCAGGUGUCUGACAGGGAUGAGGGGGAGAAUGCAGUGGUCACCUGUGUGGUGGCGGGGGACGUGCCGUUCCAGCUGCGCCCGGCCAGUGACUCGUCCACUAACAAGAGGAAGUAUUUUCUGCAGACUACAACCCCCUUGGACUAUGAGAGGGUCAGGGAAUACCGUGUGGAGAUUGUGGCUGUUGACUCUGGCAACCCAGCUCUUUCUAGUACUAACUCAUUGAAGGUGCAGGUGACUGAUGUUAAUGACAACUCCCCAGUGUUUUCCCCAAACCUGUUUGAGGUUGCCUUUGCAGAGGAGAACCAGCCAGGGGACAAGGUUGUGGACGUGGUUGCCACGGACGCUGAUAGCGGAACUAACGCCGAGCUGGUCUACAGCAUCGUAGCAGACACAUCUACCAGGGGCCUGUUUGAGAUUGACCCCGAUUCAGGGGAGGUGAGGGCACGGAGCUCACUGGACAGAGAGCAUAAAGAACGCUAUGAGUUCCGGGUCACUGCGUCUGAUAAAGGUUCGCCCAGUCACAGAGGAACAGCCACGGUCGUGGUCAAGGUGCUGGACCGCAAUGACAACGACCCCAAGUUCAUGCUAAGUGGCUACAGCUUCUCUGUUCUGGAGAACAUGCCCCCACUCAGCGCCGUUGGCAUGGUGACUGUGCUGGACAUGGACCAGGGAGAGAAUGCCAGAGUGCAGCUCUCUGUGGAGCCAGACGUAGGGAAGUUUGUGAUUCAGAAUGGAACAGGAACCAUCCUGUCCAGCAUCUCCUUUGACCGGGAGAAGGAGAGCAGCUACACCUUCCGUCUGAAGGCCGUAGACGGGGGAGAGCCUCCCAGGUCCUCCUAUGUAGGCGUUACCAUCAAUGUCCUGGAUGAAAACGACAAUGAUCCUGUGGUCACCAAGCCCUCCAACUCCUCCUUCAGACUCCUGUCCCCUCUAGCUGCCCCAGAAAGCCGUGUGGAGCUAGUGGAGGCUGAAGACCUGGACACUGGGCCCAAUGCAGAGCUGGUCUUCAGCAUCACUGGAGGAAACCCUUAUGACCUCUUCAGCAUCUCCUCCACUACUGGGGAGAUCACCCUGGCCAAGGAGCUGACCCGGAAACAUGGUGGGCUCCAUCGCCUGGUGGUGAGGGUGAGUGAUGCGGGCAAACCUGCACGCCACGCCACUGCCAUGGUGCACAUCUACGUCAAUGAGACCAUUGCUAAUGUCACCCUGGUGGAAGCACUGGUGGGACACAGUCUCUACACCCCUCUGGAGACAGACAUUGCUGGUGACCCUGACUACGGCCUGGCGGCCCAGCGCAGUAACAUUGUGUAUGGAAGCCUGGCGGGAGUGGCAGGCGUUGUCAUGGUGAUCGUAGUGGUGGUGUUUAUCCGCCACCGCAUUCAGCGGGAGACGAAGAGCGGCUACCAGGCUGGCAAGAAGGAGACCAAGGACCUUUACGCCCCUAAGCAGGGGCCAAAGAAUGGCAAAGGCAAGCGGGGAAGGAAAGGAAAGCCCUCCAAGUCCCCCAAGCCCUUGGGAGAGGAGGAGGAGGUCAGUCUUCAGAAGAGUCUCAAGUUCAACCUGGAUGGGGUCAACGACAGCCCCAGGAUCCACCUGCCCCUGACAUAUCCCCCAGGCAGCCCUGACCUUGGCAGACACUACCGCUCCAACUCUCCCCUACCAUCCAUCCAGCUGCAGGCCCAGUCUCCGUCGGCCUCCCAGAAGCACCAGGCAGUCCAGGACCUCCCUGCAACCAACACCUUCGUAGGGACUGGAGGAGAUGACAAUUCAACAGGCUCAGACCAGUACUCGGAUUAUAGCUACAAGGCCAGCCAGCCAAAGUACAACAGCAAGCAGCUCCCCCAUCGCAGAGUGACAUUCUCCACAGCCAAUCCGGUGCAGGAUCUGCAGGAUGCAUCUCAGCACAGUUACUAUGACAGUGGCCUGGAGGAAUCCGAAACGCCCAGCAGUAAGUCAUCAUCAGGCCCCCGCAUCGGGCCACUGACCCUGCCUGAGGACCACUACGAGAGGACCACCCCGGAUGGCAGCAUCGGGGAAAUGGAGCACCCUGAAAACGAUAUACGAUCCAUUCCUGAUGUGGCAAUGACGGGGAACUGUACUCAAGAGUGCAGCGAGCUGGGCCACUCUGACGCCUGCUGGAUGCCUGGGCAGCCCUCCCCAGUGCGCAAGACCAGAAACCCCCCUAAACUCUCCACAUUCGUGCCUUACCAGGAGAGAGGCAGCCUGGGCCGCUUGGCCAACGGGAGUGCCAGGCUGGGUGGAGAGGAGCACCGAGCCCACCUUCCACCUUCCCGGAGUGCCUAUUCCAACAGCGGCCACGCCCCAAGUCAGGACUUUCCCCUGGAGGAGGUGCCCCUGAGCGUGACCACCGAGUUCCCGUCCACCUCCCCUCCUAGCCACACCCCCAAACGAGAGAUCUACCUGUGAGAAAGCCCCAUCUCCUAUGUCUGAUUGGUGCACAGAUAGAGGAGCCACAGAGACACACCCACUUUAUAAAAAGAAACAUGCUCUUAUGCUGCAUUCAUAACAAAGUGGGAAGGUGGUAAUUACCUCAUAAGAUUGGUAAAAAUCGUCUUGAACACCCCUCCACUGGUAAUUACUAGUGGGAAACACAUCUAUCAUCCCCAAACUUCUCCCACAUGCUCACCUCUGUCACUUACUAAGGAAAUUACCUUGAUAACAGCAUUUUCGGCAGUUAAAUGCAACAACACAAUAGUAUUUAUAAAAAGCAAUCUAUUCAUAUGUUUUUUAACACUAUAGUUUGUUUACAAGCAUGAUAGCUGUACUUUGAGUUUAUGGUUGAAGCAGCUUGUUGGCCUUUAGCCAAUCUGCAUUUUUCAAAAGAUUUAAAGCAUGUGAAUGCAUCCAACUGGUAUUUACAACUUCACAACUGGUAAUUAGCACCUUCCCAUUUGGUUAAGAACUCAGCAUGAGGCUCUGAAAUGUCCAUUUAUUUAAAUAAAUAUCCGUUCUGUAGGAAAUAUGGUCUGUAAUUCGUGGAACCAUUGGUAUGUGCAAUAGGAGUUUUUCAGUUUAUUUAUUUUAUUUAUUUACAUAUUUAUUGGUUCAAUAAUGUAUUAAUUAGUUAAUGUAUUCAUUUAUUGAUGCAGCUUAUUUGAAAGCAUUGGUUGACCACUUGUGGUAAUAUCACACAAAAAAAUAUACAAUCAAUCCCUCAAACGCUACUGAUUUACUUAGCUUAGCCCCAGCCUGUGGAAUGUUCUCUGGAACUUUUAAUGUGUGAUCAGUGCUUUAGUGCCAUAACCAGAUAACAUUCAACUGACAGGCAAUACAUCCCUAGGGUAGACUUAAUGCUUUUGAUUACAAAUCAAAUUGAAUGGUCUUUCUUAAUGUACAGUGCUGUAAAUACAUUUGAAUGGUGUACACUGUAUCCUGUAUAUAUUUCUGUCUGGCUCAAGCUGAUAACAAUAGCCUCAGAAUUUUUGCAGUUGAGCUUUUCUUUCAUUUGAGCUGCUGCUGUUUAAAACCUGAUUGAAAUGUUUCCCUAAAGCUUGGACGGACUGUGUGGAAAAGCUCUUGAUUGAAUUCUACACAUACACACCCGUGACCCCCAAUCAUGAUAGAACCAUGGCCUUGUACCUCAUGCUCUCUGGAGAACUCUUCAGCCAGUGAAGAGAGCUGUGUGGCAGCAUUUAAUCGGACAAUGUGUGUUCCACUGAGUCUCAGCACUGUGACUUGUCUCUUUUCCUGGAAACAGUACACUUAGAGGCCACCGCACCUGGUCGCACUGACCAUUCCCAAUCCUUCCCCAAUCCUUUAUCCAAUCCUUAAUACUUUAGUUCCUUUAGAACCUGUGGUUCUCCACCUAGAUGAGACUAUAUUCUCUGUCAUGUGUGAAAAGCUCCUCUCCAGUGCUAGGCCUCCCUAUGCCGAAACAACACUAUGCUAAUCAGUGGCUCUCCACGUAGAGGUCACCAUUAACUUCAACCCUGUGUCUCCAGCCUCGUUAGGGCUUCUCUUCACGAUCCGCAUGAAUUUCAAUGGUUCUGAUGGAUGCACGAGGAGUUAUUCACACGAGUUUCAGCACAGAACUCUUCAGUCCUGAGAACCACUGAAGUGACUGAGAGUGCUGUGACUGAACUCCCCUGUCUCACAGAAACUAAGCUUGUUACAUUCCCAGGCUGACUCCUGAACGGCUUCAGUAAUCUGGGACUAAGAGACAUUUCAAUUUGCAAAGAAGGGAAGCGCUUGUCAAUGCCUUAGAAAACACUCUGGUCACCAUUUUGUUUGAAUAGACCUGUUGCAUCCAUUGGUGCAUGUUAUAAACAAUGGUGAAAUGGUGCCAUUUCAAAUAAAGUUAAAUAUUGGUAGCAGGAGUGUAUUUACUGUCCCAUAUUUCCAGUCCAUUUCCAGUUGACUUUCAUUGAGGCCAACAGGUUAUAUUAGCUUGUUAGCUGUUGUUCCUCACUCUUCAAUUGAGUAUGAUGUAGAUAGAGGACAUUCCUGUAGGCUGCAGCAGCUAUCUUUUACAAAUACACAAUUUCAAAGUAAUUUAAAACCAGACGUCUGGAGGACACAGGAAUAUUAGUAUGUAAUUGGAUGAUGAUUAUGCCACCAGCCCGCCUCGCAGCACAGUAGCAUUACUCAUGGCGUUUUGAUUUGUACACUGAUUCAAUUAGAUUUGUACCUUAGUUUUGACCUCAGUCUAUUUCUAUAGAGAGAGAAACCGUGGGUAUGGUCUGAGUAGGGGUGGAAGGGCCUAGAAUUGAUGCUCCGCUCCCCUAAUUACUGUGAGUAAUGAGUCCUGAGCCAGGGCAUAUGUGAGCACUGAGGACACACCCUGAGGACAACACAGCAGCCAGAUAAUCCAAAUCCAUCCGCAAAAUCAGUUGAAAAGGGGUAUUUUUAUAUGCACUUACCUCGUCGCACUGCCGUCGGCAGCACAUAUAAUUGAACUCAGAACAUAUGGAAUUUACUGGACAUGGCAAUGACUAAAUAAGGUGGGUGAUUAUCCUAGCCUUGAGGGAAAAAUUCACAUUAUGCUGUUUUCAAAGACAUUCCCUUACGACAUAAAAAAAAAACUGAGAAAAAAAAUUCCACGUGGAAAAAAACGUGGUUUCGGACACGUGUGAUUAAAUCACAUACAACAUGUGGAUGCGAAGCUGCAAUUUGUACAUUUUUUUAUUUUGCAAGGGUUUAGCCGCUGAAAUAAAAUACAGCGAGUCAUGAUACACUGUGAUGAAGCCCUUUCGGGGCCCCCCCAACCCCUUCUCAGUGUGGAACAGAGCAGCUUUACAGAGCUACAGCUGCGGGUGAGUUCACUGACCUGGAAUUACUGAUAAGUGUGAAAGAUGGCGAUGAGUGAUAAAGCCAACGUCACACAGACUCAAUCACUGGCUUUGGAUCCUACGCUAUUUCUGACUCCGUUCAGAUUCACUGGCGUUGACUCGUCUGACUUACUGCGAUUCACCGACUCCUCUGACUCGAGACUGGAUCUCCUGGGUGAUCUGGCAUGAAUCACCAGUUUUAUCUCUUUACUAAUGAGAGUCUGAAUCACUUCUCUCUGGCUUGACUGAAUCACUGGUUUUAUCUCUUUACUAAUGAGAGUCUGAAUCACUUCUCUCUGGCUUGACUGAAUCACUGGUUUUAUCUCUUUACUAAUGAGAGUCUGAAUCACUUCUCUCUGGCUUGACUGAAUCACU